GGGAUCAUGUUGGAGUACCUGAUAUGACACUUAUAUCGGACAUAGAUGAAGUCAGAAUCCAAGAAAACCUUAAAGUUCGAUACGACCAUAACAUCAUAUAUACAUAUACUGGGACGAUACUGGUUGCUGUUAAUCCAUAUAAAGAUCUGGAUAUAUAUUCUUCAGAGUAUGUGUUUGAGUACCAUGGAAAGAAAAUGGGAACUCUGGACCCCCAUGUGUUUGCACUUGCCGAAGCUGCUUACAAAAACUUGCAAACUGAAGAUAACAACCAGUCCUGUGUCAUAUCAGGUGAGAGUGGAGCAGGAAAAACGGAGACGACAAAAUUCAUACUGCAGUACCUAUGUUCUGUUACGAGCAAUGUGAGCACUUGGGUCGAACAACAAAUACUGGAGGCCAAUACGAUUCUAGAGGCUUUUGGUAAUGCUAAGACGGUUAGAAAUGAUAAUUCAAGUAGAUUUGGUAAAUUUAUGCAAGUCUGUUUUGAUAACAAAUGGAUGAUCAAAGGGUGCAUUAUACAAGAUUAUCUACUCGAGCAAUCAAGAAUAACAUUUCAAAGUACUGGAGAAAGAAAUUACCACGUGUUUUACCAAUUAGUUGAGGGAGCCAAGGGAAACAAAGAUUUAGUGGAACAAUUUAGACUGAAACCUGCAGAAUUUUAUAAAUAUCUUAAUCAAUCUGGCUGCAUCAAAAUUGAGGGUGUAAACGAUGCAUGGAAAUUCGAUGGACUGCGAUUAGCAUUUAACGUAUUAAGGAUACCUAUGAAUAUGUGCGACGGUAUUUUUCGAGUUCUCUCUGCCAUUUUAUGGCUCGGAAAUACUACUUUUGAGGAUAUUGAUGGAGAAAAGUGUAAAUUGACUGAUGAAGACAUGGAAGUUUUGGAGAACGUGGCUAAACUGCUCGGCUUGCAAGUACCAGACAUUGUUCAGGUAACCCUGCUAAGGCAGAUCAAUGUCAGAGGGAACAUCACUGAAAUACCACUGAAACUACAAGAAGCUAUUGAAAACAGGCAUGCGAUGGCAAAAGCUCUGUAUUCCCGGACAUUUGCAUGGCUAGUGAAUCAUAUCAACACUUGCACAAAUCCAGGAUUAGAUUCAUCCAGAUUCCUUGGCGUGCUUGACAUUUUUGGUUUUGAAAAUUUCGCAGUCAAUUCAUUCGAACAGCUAUGCAUUAACUAUACAAACGAAAAACUCCACAAAUUUUUCAAUCAUUAUGUGUUUGCCUUGGAACAAGAAAUCUGCUCACUUCUUCAAUUGUCUUUCUUAUCAAUGUUAAACUCUAAAUCUAAAGAAAAUGUUUGUUUUGAGGGCUCAGACGGUGCCUAUCUGGUAAAUCUUCACACUGAAUUUGAGUCCCAUCCUCAGUAUGUAAAAGGUGAUGAUAGAAGGAAGUGGGAAAAAGAAUUCGGAAUCGAACACUAUGCCGGGACAGUCACUUACGCCAUCAAUGGCUUCGUCGAUAAAAACAGGGAUGUUCAGCAAGAUGUUUUCUUUGAUUUCAUGAGCCGGUCUGAAAAUGAAUUUGUUCAAGAAUUGACAAAUUAUCAGGAUUUGUUGACAACUUCUAAUUCAAGAAUGGCAAACACGGGGACAACAAUGGCUAGAGGUACGAGUAAAGGAAAACCUACGGUCAGCGAUACUUUUAGACACCAGCUUCAAGCACUUGUUGACGUUCUUCAAGCAACAAACCCAUGGUAUGUCAGAUGCAUCAAGCCUAAUAUGAAAAAAAUGUCAAACGAAUUUGAUGAAAAGUUAGUUCUCGAUCAGUUGAAAUACCUGGGAAUGCUGGAUAUUAUUCGGAUAAGAAAAGAAGGAUUUCCGAUUCAUAUGACAAUAGAUGAUUUUGUUGGAAGAUACAAAUGCCUUGGCAACUGGAAAGUGGUACUUGAUAAAAGAAACGCAAUCAGAGAUAUAAUGAAGUUAUUUAAUAUCAACAAUAAAGAGUGGCAGCUUGGUAAAACGAAAGUUUUUCUGAGAAGUUGUGUUCAUGAACCUUUAGAAGAUAAACGGCAGAAUAUUGUACAUAAAAGUGCUAUGAUCAUUCAAAAGAGGUGGAAAGGCUAUGUUGCUAAAAAAAGUUUCAAAAAACUCAGAAGUGCUGUUAUUCAAAUUCAACAUGCAUACAGAGGCUGGAAGUUAAGGCUGAAUUUCUUACAAAAAAGGAGAGCAGCCAUUAUUAUCCAAUCGCACUUAAGAGGAUUAUUUGCAAGAGAGGUUGCCGCUGCAUUAAAGGAGAUGCGCCGAGUAGAGGAAGAAAUGAGGAAAAGGGAAAAAAUGGAGGAAGAAAGAAGACAGAAAGAAGAAGAGUUGAAAAAAAAUAGUGAAAAUGCACAAACAACAAAGGAUGAUAGUUCUAAGAGCUCUGCUUCAGAAGAUAUUGCUGCUUUAUCGCAAAUAGCAGGACAAAUCAAUCCAAAAUUGAACGAACCUACUGGAGAUUCUGUUGAUUUAGAUAACCUAUUUGCAUUUCUAUCGGAUGUACAGCAAUCGGGGAAAAACUGUAUUAUAGAUGAAAUAGGACAAAAAAUGAACGAAUUAGUUUCUGAUUUGGAUGUUGAGCUUGAAACAGUUAUACAACAGGAACUUGAAGGUCUCAACAUGGAUUCAUCGUCUAGUCGAACUAAAGUGUUAAAACCUCCAUCACUUCCAGAACCAACGGAGCCACCACCGCCUCCACCUGCACAUAAUAAACAAGGAAAUGAACCAAUUUAUGAGUGUGUGCGACCCAGGGAAGAUAAUUCUCCACCACCUUUGCCAACUCCUCCACAUAAGAUCCAUUUGGCCAGCCCUCAGUUAUCUGAUUCACCACGACCACAUAAUGCUUGGCGCUGUAAUGGACAAGAAGACGGAGAACGGGAGCAAAGGAGGAAGUUCCGUGUUGAAAAGAAAAUACAAGAAAUGGAAGAACUACAAGAAAAAAAUGUUGACCCGUUGCAAGAUACGUACCACGAUAUUGUUGAAUUUGCACAUAAUUAUUUCAAUUCGCACGAAAGAACACCUGAAGGUACAAUUAUAGCUACGUUAACUAGAAAGAGUAAAUCAAUUGAAUUGAUGCCAAAAUAUGAAAUGGUGACUUAUUAUAAGGGUUCAAGUAUACCUACAUCUCAUAUACAGAUGUUUGAUCCUGAUAAUGUUAAUGUUGCUUGCAGUACAUUCAGGGAACUUUGCAAGUAUAUGCGAGGUGAAGCAAAAAAUGAAGUCCAAGCUAUUCAGGCGGUGAUAGGUGCUGGUCUUGAAAGAGAAGAAUUGAGGGAUGAAAUAUUUGUCCAGUGUAUCAGGCAAGUUACGAACAACCCAAAUCCUGAAGGAACGGAAAGACUUUGGCUCCUAUUGUGCCUCGCAGUAGUUGCUUUUCAACCAAGCAAAUUAUUAUUCAAGUACUUUAUCUGCUUUUUAAAAAAGAAUUUGCAGUGUGAAGGGAAAUUAAAACAGUACGUGCAAUGGUGUAUUGACAAUUGUAAUAAUAUCCGAGCUUCCUGUCGCCAAUAUCCUCCUUCUUCUGUAGAAAUAGCUGCGAUGAGAAGACUCGGAACCAUCGUCUGCCGUUUCUUCUUCCUCGAUGGCAGGACGAAGGCAAUCGACGUUCAUCCUACAGAUACAGCAAGCGAUGCGACUGCUAAGCUUGCUGAAAAAUUGGGAUUGAAAAAUUUAGAUGGUUGGGCAAUAUAUCAGAGUCGGCCCGAUGGAGAAGAGCAUGUUAGAGCACAUUACUAUUUAUACGACAUAAUAGCCGAGUGGGAAAUCAAGCAAACUAACAUGGGAUCAAUAAAUUCGUCAUUUUCUAAUAUCAGUCGAAGAGGUAACAGCACUACGUUGAGUUGUGGAGAAAAUAGAUUUAUUUUCAAAAGACGGCUGUUCAGAAACAUACGAGAAAUAUCGCAAGAUCCUAUCGAAGUGAAUAUGCUGUAUGCUCAAGCUGUUUAUUCAGUCGUAAAGAGCGACGACUUUCCAGUCAGUGAAAAAGUAGCGGUUCAGCUGGCAGGUUUACAAGCUCAAGUCGCGCUCGGAAAUCCAAAAGACAAUGGACAUUUAGAGUAUUAUACUGACAUUGAUAACUAUUUGCCAUACAGGAUCAGUAGAAUAAGAGGAGAUGAUGUUUGGGUGCCAAUUUUGGCCCAAGCUCAUCGUCAAUACGGUACUGGAAAGACUGAUUUAAUGGCCAAAGUCUUGUACCUGUCUUGUGUGAUGCAAUAUCCACUCUACGGUACCACUAUGUUCACUGUCACUUAUAGAGGCUACUGGUCAUACGGCAACAGUGUCAUUUUGGGAGUUAACUUCGAGGGCAUUAUGUUAAUAAAGGCCGAUGAUAAAUUUGUAUUAUAUGAAUUUAGAUACCAUGAAAUUGAAUCUAUAUUUUUAGACCCUAGCGAUAGUUUUAUUACCAUUAAUUUAAUGAGGCAAGGUGACCAGAACUUCCAUAAAUGUUUUGUGUUUGAAACGCAACAAAAGACUGAAAUAGGCUCCUUAAUUGUAAGCUAUUGUCCAGCCUUAUCAACAUGGAUGACUGAGAACGAAGUUCCUGUAAAGGCCAUAACUAAUGAAGAUAGAAUCAGAGCUUACCAAAAUCUCGUUGCUUGCCGAAGAUUACUUAUUGAUGCUGAUAUUCUGAGGAAACCGUUAGAUUCAGGAGGUGGAUUCAUUCGAAAUACUUUGAGGAGGCUAAGCAGACAUCGUUUAGAUAAAUUCCGUGCAGAGCAUAGCACUCUUGACCAUGGAGAAACGUACAAAGGCUAUCCAAUGUCAUUUUGGUGUUUCAAUCGGCAACCAUUAACCCAGAGUAUAACGAAACUUCAGGAGCCUGAAGACCAAAUUGCGCUGCAGAUGUUUCACAUCAUUUUUACUUACGCUGGUCUAGGACAAAAUGGCGAAAUGGUCAGAAGAGCGGAAGACGAACAUGUGAAUCUAAUUCAAAAUAUAAUGGAAAGAGCGAUGCGCAAAGACACCCUACUGGGUGAACUGUAUCUGCAGCUUAUCAAACAAACAACAGAACAUCCCGAUCCAAAUUCAAGGGUUAAUUUAAGACACUGGGCAUUAUUAUCACUUGCAUGUUCAGUUGUAUUGCCUCCUCAAAGAAGCAUUAGAAAGUAUUUAAUAGCACACUUGAAAAGAUGCUCAGGUGACUGUAUUACCGAAGAAGGAAAAUAUGCAAGAUUCGCUGAAAAGUGCUUGCAUAAAACUCAAGGUACACGUAGGAGACAGUGGGCACCUUCAAGGGAAGAAAUCAUGUGCACUAUUAACAGAAGGCCUAUAUACGCCAAGUUUCACUUUAUGGAUGGACAGUAUUACGCUGUGGAAUUUCAUCCUUCUGCUACAGCCAAAGAUGUCAUGGAAUUGGUGAAAGAUAAAAUAGGCCUGAGACAAUCUGCUAUGGGCUAUGCAAUUUAUGAAGUCCUUGGGAAUUCUGAGAGAAGCCUUAUAGCAGAAGAAAAAGUUGCCGAUAUUAUGUCAAAGUGGGAAAGAUACAGGAACUCAAAUACUCAACCAGCCCCGAAAGCGUCGAGAAAGCCUCAUCAGUUUUUCUUAUUCAAAAAGCACCUGUUCCUUGAUCAAUAUAUGGAUUUGGAUGAUCCCGUUGAAAAAGAAUUACUUUAUCAUCAAGUCCUUCAUGGAUUAAGAGCUGAUAGAUUUCCAGUCGCUGAAAAAGAAGCCAUGAUGCUAGCAGCUCUUCAAGCACAGGUAGAACUAGGCGAUUGCACGUCAAAUGAUAUUGAUUAUAGAGGUGUAGCCUCGCAUUGCUUACCUUCACGCUUAGUUCCAAACGUUCCCCAUGAAGGAAUAACCCUCCACCACCAAAGCCUGCGUGGAAUGACUUCGCCCGAGGCCAAAAAGGCCUUUUUAAAUCUUAUAAGGAGUUGGCCAUUACACAGAGCCACAAUAUUCGAUGUUAUGCAAUCAUUUACAUCAAAUUGGCCGAGAGUGUUGUGGCUUGCAGUGGACCAAGUCGGCUUACAUUUGCUGGAACAUCGAUCAAGAAAUGCUCUUUGCAGUUACGAAUAUGAGAGUAUCUUAAGCUACAGCCCCGCUUUGAACUGUUUGAUGAUAAUAACCGGUAGUGAAAAGAAACAAAGCAAAGUUAUUCUUACUACAUCUCAAGCAUUUCAAAUAGCGACACUAAUCAAGGAGUACACUGAGGUUCUACAGUCUCCACAUGACAUGCGUAAAAGAGAGAUAAACAGUAAGAAAAAGGCGAGCUUCAACAAUAGGCCAGUCAGCAUUCUGUACAAACCGGCUCCGGUUAUAGAGCCACAUUUGAGUUAACCGCAGCCUUUAACUUAAAAUAAUCAAUAACAUGUUUAAUAUCCUUGUUUUGUAAGAAAGAUAAAUUGAAGAUGUCUAUAACUGUUUGUAUAUUUUUCGAGUAAGCCGAUAAAUUUGUCAUAUAACUGAAAGAGAUUGGAAUCAAGUGAUAUUGUUUUUUUAAAAUUUAUUUAUUUAUUUAUUUUUUUUUUUUUUUUAAUAACAGUUUGCUAGUAAUAUCAACCUUUAUUAUAAGCGUAAUAUCUAAAAUGCCAAUUACUAUAAUCAAUGUUUUUUAUCAUGACUGUACGUUUAAUCAGUCUAUAAAAUGGGUUUGUAAGAUGCAUUAAUGCCAUAAAGCAAUGUUUGUAACAAUUCCAGCAAGUGUGAAAAGUACUACUUUGACCAAACCAAAGAAUAGAAUAAAUAUCAAAUUUAUGCUUCAUGAAAUAUGGAAAUUUUUAAUAUUCAAUACAUUUGUGAAUGCUGUAUAUAUGUUUUAUAUUAUAGCCAAAUUUAGUGCAUUACUGUAUCGAUUAACAAGUUAAGAUCACAUGUAUAAUUGUUUAUACUUAAUUUCAUUAGAGAAUUUGUAACUAUUAUUUUAUUUCUAUGCUGUUGUCUUGUUUUAAUUUUUAAACAAAUAAUACUGUGAUAAAUCUGUAGUAUUAUAAGGUGACUUUUGAAUUUUAGAGUUUUUUGUCAUAAAUGUUGUCUUCCAGAAAUUGGCUUAUUGCUUCAUGAAAACUGUAUACAAAACGAACAUAUAUAUCUGGUAAACAGCAGCUAAGUUUUAAAUUUAAAAAUUAAGAGAUUCAUUGUCCCAUAAAAUUCGGAAAAUUGUCUGUGUGUGUUUGUGUGUUGUAUGGAGAGUAUACAAGUAUGAAAACAGGUGGGUUUUAUAAGGAUAAGGAAAAACGAGACACCAGGGAUUUACAAGCUGCAAUGAAAAUUACCAAUCGUCAGCAGAUCUGUUGCACACACAUAAUAUUUGUUAUUAGAUCAAAGUUUAUAAAAUUUAAAAACAAAUGUAAAUGUUACAGUCCUACUACCAGUUUCUUUAUUUACUAUAAGUUUAUGUACAGUUUUACAGAUCUUUAACACAUUCAACACUAGCUGGAAUUUAAAUUUUCAGUCUACAAGGAUGGCAUUUUUUUUUUUUUUUAAUCCGGUUGGAACACUCCCCUGAACGUCAGCCGCAUUGAACAUAUUAAGAUUCAACAUUUAACAUAUUGUAUUAAGUAUUUUUAAUUGAAAUUCAUAGGAGUUAGAAGAAGCAUAGUAAACCAAAUUUUAAUGUAACAGGCCCAGUCUAAUGAAACAGGGCCAGCAAUGCUCAAAUAGUUAAUCAUUAUGAGAUCUCUGCUUAUGAUAUUGCAUUCAAUAUAAUUUAUAGUUAAACUUUGACUGUUUCAAUAAAUUUUUAGAAAUUAUUUUAUAAAAAGUAAAGUUGAGGUUACAACUUUAUUCAUAAUUGUAAUAAUCGACUAAUAAAGUAGUGAAUUCUCUAGAAAAAUUAUGCAAAAAAAGUAUUAAAAAGAACUCAGGGAAAAGUGAUUUGCUGAUUUUAGAAAGCUCAUCACACAUAACAAACACACACAUAGAUAUAUAUACAAAAGAAGCUUUGGGAGAAAAAGAUACAUUUUUGUAUGAAGGGCACUGGGGAAGAAUGACAGUCCGCCCGCACAGUAUACCAACUUCAAGAGAAAAAUUUAAAAUUAGUUUCUGAUUGAAUUUAAAAUUAGUGUUUCAAAAUAAUACAAAUUAAAUACACUUUUCCUGGGAUCAGGCUGGCUUUGUUGGAUCAUUUAUGUAUUCAUCCCACUUUAUUUAAAAUUUGUCGACGUAGGCCAAUAUUUUAGGGCUUCCUUCCGGGUACAGUUUUUCAAACUUCAGUCUCACAACAUUCUUUUGACCCCAUUAGGGAUUUUGUCAAAUUUCAGCAUCCUGUUUAACCAGGUAGGAAAGGAUAGAAGGGCUGGACUGAAGUUCUUCCUAAGAUCCACCUGAAAUCAUACCAUUUGCCUCUAGUAUUGUUAAUCUUCCCCAGAAUCCUACAGAUGUUAAAGAACAACAAAAAGAUCUGUUUUGACUUAGUGUAUACAAAAAUAAUUACUUAAAAGUAAUCAUGAAAAUACUGUUACAAGAUAUAAAAUUUAUGGAAAUAAUUUAUACGCUUAACACAUAGGCUUAAGAUAUAUAAAUGAAAAUCAUGAAGUCAUGACCCACUAUCAUCAUGCCCGGGAAAUGUUUGUCCCCCCCCCCCUGAAAUAUUGAAAAUUAUUUUUUUACUCAGCUAAUUUUAACAAAUUGCAAUCAGAUUUCAUUAGUACUAAAAAUGCUUAUGAUAUUUGUUUGAAUUUUCUGCCAGGACUCGUGAUAAGAAAAAUCUACACACUUUUAUGCAAUUGAGUUUUGACACAGCCAGCUAAAUCACUUUAUACAAAGUUUAAAAGUUUAAAGUUCUAAUUUAACAAUCAAAGCUUUUUUUUAAACAUGUUGAGACUGUCAAAUUAUUAAAUGAAAUUUUAUAACAUAAUAAUGCUAAACUGCUUUAUCAUCUAAAGACAAUUGUAACAAUUUUGUUUAUUUAUUUAUCCUUCUACAAAAUUUAGUCUUUAAAUACAAAUUUUCAGUUCCUGAACUUAAAUCUUAUAUCAGGAGUGGUAUUAUUUUAACUUAGGCUUCUUUCUACUCCUGUAGUUUACAUCUAGUAAAUAUCUGUUGAAAAUAGAAGAAAAAACUUGAGUUAUUAUUAACUAAAAUUUAAUGUUACAUUUGUUUUAAGUCUACAUUUUACAAACACAUUUUUUCCUAUGAAACUAGAGAUAAAACGUAACACUAACUGAGAUCUAUAAAAUUAGGGAUAGCUGUUAAAAAAAAGAAGCACAUGUAUAUAUUAAAAUAGUAACAUAUUUUAUAUAUAUGUUACUGAUAUGGAAGCGGCAGUAUUAACUUUGACCCUAAUAAUUGUGUAAUUGUGUUUACACUUGUUAGAUUAUGUUAUUAUGUUAUUAAAUGCUAUAAAAUAUUUUAUCAAAGUCCUUAUUGUAAAAAAUGUAGAUUAUAAUGCCUUUGUUUCUAUUUGAAGAAAAAAAUUAUACUUUAAUAGUCUGCAUUGUAAUUAAAAAUAUUUAUAGCAUCAUAAAAUUAUUAAAAUUAAAUAACGUUAAAAUAUAUAUUUAUAUACACUUUUAAAAUUGUUUAGCUUUGUAUUAAGAGCCAGACUUUUGUAACAUAAGACUGUUAACAGCUAAAAUCCUGGGUGUCUUUAUUUCUGUUUAUUGGCCAGUGAUUUCUAUUAAACUAUAGUGGUUACCUAAUUGAUAUUGUAAAUAAAUUUACAGUUGUUUAAAUGA